CUUUAGAGAAUGAAGAAGUAAUAUCUAAUUCUGAUGAACUAUAUUCUAAAGAUAUGGAAUUUAAUCAAGAUACUUUAAAUAUUAGUGAGAUUGUGGAUUUAACUCAACAUUAUUCAGAAGAUGAAAGAGAAAUAUUAGACGCAAAUAAUGAUAAUAGUAUGCAGACCAGGAAUAUGAUAUAUUCUCCAAAGGAUUUAGUAGAUUAG